AUGGCGGUUGAUGAAGCGGCAGCAAAAAAGUUGUGGGUUCGAGAACCUGGAUUGAGAAAACCCUCGAUAAAAACUUCCAUUGAUGGUGGAUUCGGUGUCGCGGUUGUUAUUCAACGUUUAGCAAAGGAGACCGCUUUUAUCCUCCAGCUUUCUCUCUUCCCACCUCAGUCAAUUUUUGCUACCUCUGUGUUUGUUCAGAUCGACCUUUUCAAAACUGAAGACCAGUUAUCCGACAGUGCCGUCCGAUCGGCUGCCCUUCUAGGACAACGCCCUGAUACCUACGCUCAACCCACGUCCUAUAACGGAACUGGAAAACCAUCUUAA